GCCGUCGGGGGAACCGCACGCUCACCACCAUGUCGGGAAGCGUGGCCGAAAUCAGUGUCCAGAGAAGAGCUUCGGCGCCUCGGGAAGAAGCGAGGAAACCCAAGCCCGUCGAGGGGAAGGAAGGAAGAGACUCGAAGGAACUCAGGGAGAAGAUACUUAGUCGACUCAAGAUUGUGGGUCGGCUCGUCCUAUCAGUGCUGUUGGAGUUCCUGAAGCUAAACGGGCAGGCGCUGUAUCUGCUAGGGAAGGACGUUCUUGAGCUGGUUAUUCCCCCGAAGGAAAAAUCGCUGCGUGGGUCAUUGGUGUUGGUAAGGGAAGAGAUCGGACACCCGGAGAUCGUGAUCAACAAUGCAGGGACCUAUUGCUACAAACCCUUCCUCACGCACUCGCCUGAGGAAAUCAGCCGCCUGGUCUCCGUCAACCUGCUGGGUAAUCUGUGGGUGACGAGAGAAUUCCUGGGCAACAUGAUCGACCUCGGCCGCGGACACAUCGUGAGCGUCUCGUCCAUCCUCGGCUACAUGGGGAGGAACUACGUCGUGCCUUACUGUGCCUCCAAAUUCGGCGUCAAGGGCAUGACGGAGGCCCUGGCGGAGGAAGUGCGGAAAUCGGGGAAGGGGCAAAGCAUCUGCGUCACGGCCGUCCAUCCCUUCCUCAUCUCCAAUGUCAGUGACGUGAAGCCGAACCUCAAGUUCCCUUCACUGUUCGAGGUUCUGACGCCCACCGAGGCUGCCAGGAGGAUCAUCCGGGGCAUCAGGAGGAACCAGGAGGAGCUGUUCCUUCCCGAGAAACUCAAACCUAUUAUGAUGAUGUCGAAAGUGCUGCCCCGUAGCCUGAGGCGCCUCUUUGGAGACUAUAUGGAGUACUGACCUGAUCUUGGCUCGCUCCGUGUAAGAUCAGAACAGGAAUGCGUUGUGUUUUGCAUACGGCCUCAUAAUGUGUAUCACAAACUUGUAAGGAAGGAGCCCAACCACAACCAUGCUGAUUCUCAAAGUAUAGUCACUAAUAUAGUUUUGUCCAGAAAAUAAAUUCUAUCUCAACUUGUGUGUAAUUAU